GAGCAGAGAGCCUACCUGCUCGUCCGUAGUGGCUGAGCACUGUUGUUUCAUUCUUCUGUAGCAUUGUCCGUUUUUCACCGACCGACUUGCCGUGAAGCGAUUAAUCAUGGCUGCAUUGCUUCAGAGGCGUAGACCAACAUCAUCAGGGGUAGCAGCGCCACGUGCGGCUGUUGGCUUGUUGCUGUUGCUGCUUGUCGUCUUCCUGGACCUAGCUACCGCACGAAUGAACAGCCGCCGCGGGAUUAAAGGUGCCGUCAAGAACACACCAUUGGUACAGGACGGCUCGUUCGCCAAGGCCGACUGGAGGAUCACGCGAGAUUUUUUUUUCAAGCGGGAUCAGGCUAAAAACGGGGCUGAUUUCCUGACGGCACGCGAGAACAAGCUGGCCAGGUUCAACAACUCGGGCGAGGUCGGGUACUGGAAGUUGGUUCGGCGCCCGAUCCCGGGAGCGCCGAAGCGGCAAAGUCCGCUCGGUAACGAAGGGAUCGACUACCUCGUUUUGGAUAUCCCGGAGCAAGGCCCCCGCCGGAAUCUCAUCGUGUCGUACGAGAUCCCCAUCUCCAACGGGCGAUACCACCCAAGUUCGAUCAUGUUCGCUCAGAAGGGCACCAUCUACGUGGCCAACGCGAAGGAGCAGCUCGUCGGACCCGCGGCGGCAGCCCGCAAGAAGAUCGGUAGCUUUAGCGUCGACCUCCCGACGCUUGAACCCAUGGUGGAUCGAACAUUCACCUUGUAGAUGAUUAUGACUCGAAGGAAAUGUAGUUGGAGGGCAGGGGGGGGGGGCGUAUACAGGGGCUUGCACGUUGGACCCUGCCGCUAGGUACGACCACCCGGCCGGGUGGAUUUGCGUUUUACAGCGUUCUAUGGAGAUGUUGACGGGAUCAGGUGUGCGUCGGCUGGUGGACCUAUCGGCGCGUCAUGAAUCGAUAACAAGUCGAUCGUAGAAUACGCGCUCUCGAGGGAAAGUGGGACCACUUCCGUUGAAGAUCAUCGCGAGACCCGUGGGAAGAGAGUGUGCGGAAUGCACGGCCUCCGAAGAGAGAGACGACUUUUAGAAGCUGUCGUCUUGGCGUCAUUCGUUUUGCGUCUCGUCGAAUGGCGGCGCAAGUACGGGUCUGGUCGUUCGUCACUCAUUUCUGCGGCGCAAUCCGUAUUACGGUUACUGGGACUCUUAACGUCGUUGAUGUAUUCCUAUAGUUGGAAUGUGGGAUCACUGGUGGUAUUUGUACGCACCGAAGCGGCGUUUUG